AUGAGCCUACUUGAUGUGAUUGAGAAGGUGGAUACGUUUCCAUACGACCAUAUCCCGGAACACUAUUACCAUUUCCUAGCACACGAUGGAGUCUGCAUAGGAUACAUGACCAAAGAUAUGGCACUUAUGUUUGAUGGUGAGCCAGAAUUUUCUGUUGAUAACGGGGCCAAGACGGUAGCCAUGGGUAGCCAUUUGACCACAAUUGAAGCUCGAAAUGAGGUUUGUAGCUCAAUUGCUUCCCGCUGGCGUCACCUCCCUCAAUUCUCUUUGUCGUUGGAUAAAGGCUGGCGUGACGAAUUGUACACUGUGUAUAACCCUCUGUCCACCCCAUACAUGCUUGUCGAGAGAGCAUUUCUGGUUUUGUUGGGAAUAGUCACAUACGGUGUCCAUAUCAAUGGGUAUGUUCCAGCAAGCAAGAGCAAAGAUGGAAAACUCAAGAUGUGGAUUCCUCGGCGUUCGCCGACUAAAUCGACUUUUCCAGGAAUGCUCGAUAAUACCGUUGCGGGAGGACUUGGAUAUCCGUACGGAAUAAACCACACGGUGACCAAAGAAUGUCAGGAAGAAGCGGGGUUGGAUGCUGAAUUUGUCAAGCUGCACAUAAAACCUACCGGAGUCGUUCUGUAUAUGAUACAGCCUCAUGGCCCUGAGCACCAAGUCCAACCUGAAGUUGAAUACACUUUUGACCUCGAGUUCGACGACGAAACUUCUGUGGUGCCUCACCCCGAGGACGGCGAAGCCGAAUACUUUCUGCUUAUGACUCUUGAUGAGUUGCUACCCAAAGUUUUAGCUGGAGAAUUCAAGCCCAAUUGUGGCUUAAUCAUUGUGGAUUUUUUGAUCAGACACGGCUUAGUGGGGCCAGAAACACCUGGCUACGCCGAGAUCGUCAGCAGGUGCCACAGACGCUUUCCUUUUCCCACUUUGUGA